UUUAAAAAUAGAAUCAAUCUCACCUCAUAAAUAUUUAAAUCCAAGAUGUCAUCUCAAGGAAAGUUUACUAAAUUUAAUGCUAGCAAGUACACAAGACCAGGCCUUACUGAGGAUGAAGUUGAAGAAAUAAAAGAAGCUUUUGAUCUCUUCGACACUGAUGGGUCUGGAUCCAUCGACCCAAAAGAACUCAAAGCAGCUAUGCAGAGUUUGGGCUUUGAGGCUAAAAAUCAGACCAUUUUCCAGAUGAUUUCUGACCUAGACAAGAACAGAUCUGGAGCUAUUGACUUUGAAGAGUUCCUUGACAUGAUGACAGCCAGGAUGAGCGAUAAAGAUACCCGUGAAGAUAUCGGUAAAGUCUUCAGACUAUUUGAUGAGGACGGCACUGGGCUAAUCUCAAUUAAAAAUCUCAGAAGGGUUGCCAGAGAGCUAGGAGAAACCAUGACCGAAGAAGAACUCCUAGAGAUGAUCGAUAGGGCUGAUAGCAAUGGAGAUGGAGGUGUCUCACCAGAUGACUUCUACGCUAUUAUGACGAAGAAGACUUUUGCAUAA